UGGGGCGGUGACGUCACAAGUAUGCGGCGGGUGGUGACGUCACUGGAACGCUGCCGCAAAGUGUCAUGGCGGCGUGCGUGUCCGCAGUACUCUCCUUAAAAGUAGAAAUGAUUUCUUCCAUUUUCCCCAUUAAGACCAUGUUACAAGUACAACUUAUUUCCCAUUAAGACCAUGUUUGUUUCUUCCGCCUGGUGUUUCGGUCACCUUACGGCUAAAGAAGGCUUCUCAUUUUUGUGUUUUUGACCACAUCAGACGUGGAUUUUCUUUCGACGAAGGUGGAAGUUUCCAGAAGGUUACAUUUCACUUCUUCAGUUUCCAGAAGAUAUGAUGAUGAUUUCUUUGUUGGUGCGCCGAGUUGGCCGCCUCGUGCACCCAGCCCUACUUCCGGCUACAAGCCCCGCCCCCCUGUUCACCUGCAGGACGUUGGCCUCCAAGCAGGUCAAAGGUGACCGGAAGGAGCAGAGGCCAAAGGUCAACAGGAACAAACCGGAAGUAGAAAUCUGGCAGAGGAUGACGGUGGAGGCGCUCGCUCGCGCCAUGGACCGAGACCUUGAUCACAUAGUGGAGGCGCUGCUGAAUACGUCGCUGGAUGUGGACUGUCUGCAGCCAGACUCGGUUCUGGACGAGAGGUGGAUCAAAGAGGUGGUGACGCGCUCAGGAAUGAAGUUCCGAUGGGCCAAACUGACGGAGAGUCAAGAAAGAGAGGACAGAGACGCCGUGCCACGACCUCCGGCGGACCAGAGCAGAAUGGUGCAGCGCCCCCCAGUGGUGACAAUCAUGGGUCACGUGGACCACGGCAAGACCACACUGCUGGAUAGUCUGAGGAAAAGCCAGAUUGCUGCCAAGGAGGCCGGCGGCAUCACGCAGCACAUCGGAGCCUUCCGAGUGGAGUUGCCCACAGGUGAGACCAUCACCUUCCUGGACACGCCCGGCCAUGCCGCCUUCUCCGCCAUGAGGGCGCGUGGAGCCCACGCCACAGACAUAGUCAUCCUGGUGGUGGCGGCCGACGACGGCGUGAUGAAACAGACGGUGGAAUCCAUCCAGCACGCCAAGCGAGCCGCAGUUCCCAUCAUCGUGGCAGUCAACAAGUGCGACAAGCCUCAGGCCGACCCUCAGAGGGUCAAACGGGAACUCCUGGCUCACGAUGUGGUCUGCGAGGAGUUGGGAGGAGACGUUCAGGCCAUCCACGUCUCCGCCCUUAAGGGGGACAACCUGCUGGCUCUGGUGGAGGCCACGGUGGCCCUGGCAGAGGUGCUGGAGCUGAAGGCAGAGCCUGAUGGCCCGGUGGAGGGCGUGGUCAUCGAGAGUCGCACAGACAAAGGCAAAGGUCCCGCCACGACUGCCAUCGUCCAGCGGGGGGCACUGAAGCGAGGCUGUAUCCUGGUGGCAGGGAAGACUUGGGCAAAGGUGCGCUACUUGUUUGACGAGAAGGGCCGAGCGGUCAAAGAGGCGGGGCCAAGCAUGGCGAUAGAGGUGAUUGGCUGGAAGGAUCUUCCGUCUGCCGGCGAUUCCAUCUUGGAGGUGGAGUCUGAGCAGCGAGCCAGGGAGGUGGUGGACUGGAGGAACCAAGAGGCGGAGCUUCAGAGGAUGAGGGUGGAGCAAAGUUCCAUCCAGGUGAAACAGAAAGAACACCUGGAUGAGUACAGGAAGCAGAGGGAGAGUGUGGCCCACCUCCACUGGCGCCAGAGGACUUCCCUCCAUUACCUAAACACCAAGGGCAAGCUGAGGCCCAGCGAGAAGACGUCCCACGCCGACCUCAGCCUGCCGCUCAUCAUCAAAGCUGAUGUGGACGGCUCUUUGGAGGCCAUCUUGAGUGUUGUGGACACCUACGACGCUCAGGACCAGUGUGGACUGGCGGUGGUUCACUCUGGCAUCGGCGACGUCUCCGAAAAUGACCUCAACAUGGCGGUGACUUUUGGAGGCAGCGUGUACGGCUUCAACGUGGCGGCCGGCAAGUAUGUCCGGCAGAUGGCGGAGAGGCAGAGUGUCCCGCUGAGGCUCAACACUGUCAUCUACCAGCUGGUGGAGCAGCUGAAGGCGGAGCUUAACAGCAAGUUGCCGUCACUCCUACAACACAACACUGUGAGGCGGCGGUGCUGGCCGUGUUCCAUGUGACGCAGGGCAAGAAGAAGUUGCCGGUGGCCGGCUGUCGCGUUCACAAAGGUCAGCUUGAUCGCAAGUUCCGCUUCCGUCUGCUUCGAGGCGGAGAGACGCUGUGGGAAGGUGAGUAGAGCGUCCUUCAAAAUAAAAGCACAGUCAGUUGACAAGUGUUGCUGUGCUUGUUCUCUGGAGAGUGUCCUUCAAAAUAAAAGCACAGUCAGGUGACAAGUGUUGCUGUGCUGGUUCUCUGGAGAGUGUCCUUCAAAAUAAAAGCACAGUCAGUUGACAAGUGUUGCUGCGCAGGUUCUCUGGAGAGUGUCCUUCAAAAUAAAAGCACAGUCAGUUGACAAGUGUUGCUGCGCAGGUUCUCUGGUGGCGUUGAAGCACCACAAAGACGAGGUGGGCGUGGCGAAGGCGGGAAUGGAGUGCGGCCUGUCGCUGGACUCUGACGUGGUGUUCAACGUCGGCGAUGUCAUCCAAUGUUUGGAGGAGCUGGACGUGCCGCAGGUAACCA